AUGGACAAGUCAUGGAUGACCCAAAAUAGGAUGUCAAGAGAAUAUGAUUUAGGAGUCGAAAGGUUCAUUAAAUUUGGGUUGAGUCAUGCCAAAGGUCUUAAUUCAAUUAGAUGUUCAUGUUUGAAUUGCGGCAAUCGUUUACUUAAGGAUGUCUCAACAGUUCGGUAUCAUCUGUAUGCCAAUGGAAUUGAUAAGAGUUACAAGGUAUGGAUCUGGCAUGGUGAAGAAUUGAACUCAGAUAACGUUGCCAACACGAUGGAAACUACAGUGGAUGAAACUGAUGAAAACGACGAUUUAUUUAAUACAAUUAAUAUGGUACAAUCUGUUCAAGAACAAUCUUUUAAUGCAUCAAAUACCUUCGACACUAUGUUUGAUGACGCGAAGAAACCCUUAUACCCAGGAUGUAAGAAAUUCACAAAGUUAUCAGCCCUCGUGAGAUUGUAUAACCUGAAGGUUAGGUAUGGUUGGACGAAUACUAGCUUCUCUGAAUUGCUGUCCAUAAUAAGUGAUCUAUUACCUGAUAACAAUGAAAUUCCAUGUUCUUUGUACGAAGCGAAGAAAACACUUGGUGCCCUAGGACUGAGUUACCAAAAGAUUGAUGCAUGCCCUAAUGAUUGUUGCUUGUACAGAAAAGAAUAUGAAAAGUUGACCAAGUGCCCUAAGUGUGGUUUGUCAAGGUGGAAGAUCGCUAAGAACUCAAAGAAGGAAAAAAGUGGUGUGGCUGCUAAGCAGAUGUGGUACUUUCCAAUAAUUCCAAGAUUUAUAAGAAUGUUCAAGAGAUCUGAAAAUGCUAAGAACUUGUGUUGGCAUGCGAUAGAUAGACAAGUUGAUGGUGUUUUGAGACACCCGGCUGACACUCCAUCAUGGAGAUUGAUAGACCACAUGUGGCCAACCUUUGGGUCAGAACCGAGAAAUCUCUGUUUGGGUUUGUCUACUGAUGGAAUUAACCCAUUUGGAGAUAUGUCAACGACGUACAGUUGUUGGCCCAUCAUCACUACAAUAUACAACCUUCCACCAUGGCUGUGUAUGAGAAGAAAACAUUUGAUGCUGACAAUGUUAAUAUCAGGUCCAAAGCAACCGGGGUACGAUAUCAAUACGUACUUAGCACCUUUAAUUGAUGAUCUACAAACGUUGUGGACGGAUGGAGUUCGUUGUUUCGAUGCAUAUAAGGAAGAAUAUUUCACACUGCGGGCUGUCUUAUUAUGGACCAUCAACGAUUUUCCAGCAUACGGUAAUCUAUGCGGUUUUAGUGUGAAAGGAUACAAGGCUUGUCCAAUAUGUGGAGAGGAGACUACUUCUAUAAGAUUGCAACAUGGAAAGAAAAUGUCAUACAUGGGACACAGGAAGUAUUUGCCAAGACAUCAUCCAUACAGAUUACAAAAAAAAAAAUUUAAUGGGAAGCAAGAGCAUGGAAUUCCUCCACAACCCUUGUCGGGCGAGGCCAUGUACCUUAAGAUGAAAGACAUGAUAUUUUCAUGUGGGAAGAAGUGUGGGAAGACUGUGCAUAAUGAAGGUGGCAAUGACUAUUGGAAAAGAAGACCUGCUUUUUUUCAACUACCAUAUUGGAAACACUUGCAUGUUCGACACUGUUUAGACAUAAUGCAUAUUGAAAAAAAUGUAUGCAUGAACAUAGUGGGCACCUUACUUGAUAUACCAGGAAAAAGUAAGGAUGAGAUGAAUACUAGACUUGACUUGGUUGAGAUGAAAAUUAGACCAGAAUUGGCACCAACGUUUACUGGUAAUAGAACUUAUAUCCCUGCGACAUGUUAUACACUGUCAAAAGAAGAGAAGUAUCGAUUUUGCAAGACUUUGUCAGAAAUUAAAGUUCCAGAAGGUUAUUCAGCAAAUAUUAGUAGUCGUGUCUCUUUGGAUGCCUUAAAACUGACCGGCCUUAAGUCGCACGACUGUCAUGUUUUAAUGCAGCAACUGCUUCCAAUUGACAUUCAGUCCUACCGAAGAAUGUGA